AGAACCUUACAGCCAGUCUCGGCCAGCGGGGAGCUCGCUUCUUUCAGCUUUUCUGAGGUAACCAAGUCCACAGUCACCAUGUCUGACACAGAGGAAAUUGAUCAGGCUGUAGCAGAGGAGGUAGUAGAGGAAGUAGAGGUGGCCCCUGAGGCGGCCCCUGAGCCAGAACCAGAGCCAGAGCCAGAGCCAGAACCAGAACCAGUGGUAGAACCAGAACCAGAGCCUGAGCCAGAGCCUGAGCCAGAACCAGAGGAGGUGCAUGAAGAGGCCCCGGAGGAGGAAGAGGAGAAGCCAAAGUUCAAGCCCAGCGCACCCAAGAUCCCCGAUGGUGAGAAAGUGGACUUUGAUGACAUCCAGAAGAAACGUCAGAACAAGGACCUGAUCGAGCUGCAGGCUCUGAUCGACGCUCACUUCGAGUGCAGGAAGAAGGAGGAGGAGGAGCUCAUCGCCCUCAAGGAGAGAAUCGAGAAGCGUCGUGCUGAGAGAGCCGAGCAGCAGAGGAUCCGCGCUGAGAAGGAGAAGGAGCGUCAGGCCAGACGUGAGGCUGAGAGGCUGCAGAAGGAGGAGGCUGAUGCCAAGAAGAAGGCAGAUGAGGAGGCCAAGAAGAAGUCCGCCCUGUCCAGCAUGGGCGCCGUCAGCAGCCACCUGCAGAGGGCUGACCAGAAGAGAGGAGGCAAGAAAGAGACUGAGAGAGAGAAGAAGAAGAAGAUCCUGGCUUCCAGACGCAAGGCGCUCAACAUCGACCAUCUGAACGAGGACAAGCUGAAAGACAAGAUCAACGAGCUGUACGAUUGGAUGCGCCAGCUGGAGUCUGAGAAGUUCGACCACAUGGAGAGACUGAAGAGGCAGAAGUACGAGGUCACAACCCUGCGUAAGAGAGUGGAGGAGCUCAGCAAGUUCAGCAAGAAGGGCGCCGCCGCCCGCCGCAGAAAGUAGAGCGUGUCGGCGUGCCGCUCGGAAGCCAAACUGCGAUCCUAGCGGCCAGACGCCCGAUGAAGCGACGCACACCGCGGCGAAGGUCGUAGCUCAGAAGCCAAUCACAGCGAGGCUCUCCGCCUCCAGUUUCACCGCCGUUGCCGUGUUCCAGCACGCAACCCGGAGCCGUUAGCUGCUGCCGCUGCUGUAGGGAAAACCAGCCGCCACCGCGCUUCCUCGCCCUGACUGUUUGGUUCUCAGUGUUUUUGUAAAUAAAGUGUGACUCUUCAAGCC